CUGCAGAAUUUUCUACACCAGAGAAAAGUUUGAAGCAGGAGAGUGUGAUUCCAGAAGAGGAAGCUGGACCUCUGGAAACUUCUACAGAAGUUCACAACCAAGACAUGGAGGAAGCUCACUGCACAGGGAAUGCUAUGCAUCCACUCGGCGCUCAAGCUGAUCACUUUGGUGGGCAGCUCAAGGAGGAGCCUCUGCAGACCAUGCCAGAAAUUAAUGAAGUGCAAGAGUGGAGCAUGAGAUCGCAGGAAACGGAUCCUUCCAGCCUGUCAGGUUCUAGUAAACGUUUCAAUGAGCAGAAGAUCGCAAAAUGGGAGAGCGGUUUUGAGCAGGGAGCAGAAUCGAGCCAAGAAGGCCACUCGGCUUACUCCUCUGAAGCUCUGUUCCAGAGCAGGUAUGGUAUGGAUCAGUUAGGCGGCGUGGAGGAGACUGCAAAUGAAAACGCCAGCAUGAUGGCCAUGGCUAGUUACAGUGACAUGCAAGGAUCGUCAUCCCACCUGGGGGGCAACUUGGCUGACUUGAACCAAUGCAAUGAUAAAAAUGCAAUGGUGGAAGGAGCUGAUCACCAGUGUUACCAGACUGUUAUCCCUCAGAAAAGACGACUCGCUCCAUCUUCACCAGUAGCAUCACCUGAAAAGGCCAACAUGAAUGAAAAGGAAGCCUUUACCUGUUUAUUAAUAGAUGAAGAGGGUUACUUGCAAGACACAAAUGUACCUCAUGCGUCUUCUGAUGCAGGAAUACUAUUGAGUUUUCGUGGCCAGGGCAUUCCAUUAACCCAGUCUUCCUCUCAGGGUUUGUAUGAACCUUCGAAUCCAUGCAGUGGUUCAUUAAACUUAGACACUUUGCUGCAUCAGACUGCAUCCAAAGGAGGGAGAAGAGAUGCAUCAAACUCAUGUUCCACAGCCUUUCCUAAUUCUGUUUCCCUAAAGACCCAUAAACGGACACUCAAAAGUACCGGACACGGGGCGCCAUUCUCCCGCAUCCAGGGCACGAAGAGUUCCACUCAAGCGUGCAAUCUCCAAAUCCACCAGAAGAUUCACUCAGGCCAGGAACUCCACCUGUGUAGCCACUGUGGCAAAGGAUUUUCUUCCUUUGAAGACUUAAAAAGCCACAAAUGUGGGCAAAUCGGGGACAAACCUUACUGCUGCACCGUUUGUGGGAACAAGUUCAGCCGCCUCUGGAAUCUGAAGCUGCACCAGAGAAUUCAUACCCAAGAAAAACCCCACCGGUGCAGUAUGUGCGACAAAAGCUUCACACGGGCAGAUAUACUGAAGAUUCACCAGCGCACCCACACCGGAGAAAGGCCGUACUGCUGUUCUGUUUGUAACCUCAGUUUCAAACGCCUGGAUCACCUGAAGUCACAUCAGCGCAAACACAUCAACCUGUAAGACUCGAGCAACAGCUGGUUUGAGCAUUUAUUUGUCUAGUAAAGAAACAAAGACUGUUUUUUAGUAAAAUGUUGGUAUUUUCUGAUGAAAAGCAUAUUUACUGAAGACAAGAAUCAACAUGAAAAUUUGAGACCAUGAUAAAUCAUCAAAUAACCUCCACUUCUUUUGUGACACGAAUCUUAUUCAGCUUCAUUGAAAAUGAAAUAGUAACUCAAAUGAGGGGCCUCUGGUCACAUGCCAGAUGGCGCCAGAAAAAUCUCUAGCCGGAAGCGGAAAUUUUGUAACUUUAGCCGAUUGCUUAAGCAGAAAUUUCAGAAACUUUAGGAAACCCCUUUUAAAAAAUUAUAUAUUGAAACCUUUUCCGAACUAUCAGCUUUUAAGAUUUUAAAUGUGAAUAAACUGUAACUGUCUUGCAGUUUAGUGUGCAAGAUGAACAUCAAAUGGGGCAGAGAACGUUAAUCUUUUAAUUUCUUCCAAGUCAAUAUUAAUAAGUGUUCACAUUUGUUUAAUUAAUGCAGUUUUUUUUUCUCUGUGAAUUAUCUGAUCGCCGGCGAAAUGCCGUUUUUUUUUCCUCUGUAAAUCACCUGAUCAGAGUUGGCAAAAUGCGUUUUUUUUUUUAAUUUUUUUUUUCUGUGAACCAGGUGAUCGUUGAAGAAAUGCUGUUUUUUUUUUUUUCUCCGAAUAAACUGAUCACGUAAGCAGUUACGGUAUGUCAAAGAAAAAAGUCAAAACCUUUAAACCAGGGGUUCUAGUCGAGGACUUCCUGCCACUGAUUUCGGGUGCAAAUUAUUAUUCUCUUUUUUUUGUGGCCAGCUCCAGCAGGGAGAAGGACUUCCGGCUAUUAACUUUUAAGCUGCAUAUUAUUUCCCUGUGGCCAGAUUCUCUUGACAAAAAUGCACCCUCGUGGGCGUGGCUGUCUUCACAUCAAUCACAAUAAAUUCUGUCAGUAAUUUAUUAAGUUAUUUAAUGUUCCACUGAUGAUCCCAAACAAAGAAAAGCUGUUUUAGUUGGCUUUCCUGGCAUUUGAGUUCCAUCUUUAAGCCAUAGGUUUACCGAGAUCUUUGACGAUAUCCGAUGGAUGGCUCAAAGAUGGACUCAAAAUUCCAUAGCAUUUAACGGAAACAGAACACAGACAUUAUCAACUAAUGUUACAACAUUAACAGUAGUGCUGACCGAUAUGGGAAAAAUUGUAUAUCACAGUAACAAUGUAUAUCACGAUAAACCACAUUAAAGUAUAUUUUCAGUUAUUCUCUGAAAAAAAAUAUUUUCUCUGACUCAAUAUUUUCAAGUAACAUGUAACUGAAUUGUCAUAAAUGGGAAACAUUUUUUUUUAAAGUACUCAAUUUCAAAUUUCUUAGUAGAAAAACCCUUUUCUGCACAAAAGUUCAGCAAUAAAAACGAUAGAAACGAUUUAAGAGAAACGUCAUGAUAGACACUUUACCAUCGCCCACACGAUAUGUAUUGUCAUGUCGCCCAGCACUAAUUAACAGACUAAAAAUGUCCCUCCUAAAGUAAAAAGGUGAACAGAGAACUGGUUAAUAAUUGCAGGACGUUGCUACACCAACAGUAACCUUAAAAGAACUGCAAGAGCUUCUGGGAAGUCUUGCGUAUUCUUAACAGACCAGCAAGGCAGAUGUUUCUUCUUUCAAAGAAAACAUCCAAGUCCUGCCAAACUCUCAAAAGCAUCUUACAACAGCACACUAGUCAAAAAUAUGAUGGUUUGAUGAAACAUUUAAUUUUUUUGCCAAUGCUUUCAAAAGACGUUUGGUGCAAUGUUGCACACGUCACAUCCUCAAUGAAGCACGGUGGUGGUACUAUCAUCUUGCUAUCUUUUACUUCAGUUAAUGUUCAGAGAAUUCUCAAUGAUUUCAAACAGCAGUCACUCUAAGCACAAAGGAAGAAAAUUGAAGAUGCGUGUAUUUUUCAACAAAACUGCUCAAAUUAUAUAUAUAAACGACAGAAUCACCACAAAAGUCUAAACAUGAAUCUAAUUUAAAAUCUGAGCGUGAUAUAAAGAGUACUGUCCAAAUAUACCAAAUCCUACCCACAGAAAUGAGUACUAGAAAUAGGAAUUCUAAAGUAUUUAUUUGAAGUUGAAUACUUAAUAAUACUCCUCUUCCUAAAAUAUUUUAUUGAAAACUGUAUUGGGUCUUAUUUAAAUGGGAAAAGUUCUGAGCUGUCUCGUCUCAGUUCGGUCUGUUUUAGACUUUAACACGAAUGUAAGGACUUCACAUUCUCUGUAUAUCGUUUGGUUUUUAGUAAUACUUUCUGUGAACAUAAAAAGGCUGACGAUAAUUUGUAUCGUAUUUCUCAUGUUUUUAAAAAUACUCUGGUGGUGGGUAAAAAAACCUAAUUUUUGUGAAUGGGAUUUAAAAUAAAAUAUCAUUUAGAUCUUUGAA